AACUUACCGAACAGCGUGGUCCGAUGGCCGAUAUAACGUAUCCGGCGGGAUGCCGGCCAAUUAAUGAAGAUCUCGGGCAGGAUGAGCUGAUCCGCCGGCUGAAGACGCUCACUCACACGCUGCAAGCGAUGGGCCAGGAUGAGGACGGUAUGUACACACAGUACAUUCCGCUGGCCGUCCAUCUGGCGGAUGAUUUCUUCCUGCAGCAUCCCUCACGCGAUGUGCAGCUACUGAUUGCUUGCUGCAUCGCGGACGUGUUGCGUGUGUACGCACCGGAAGCGCCGUACAAAGAUCAGGAUCAAAUCAAGGGCAUCUUUAUGUUUCUGAUUCGGCAGCUGAACGGUCUGCGCGAUCCGAAAGAUCCAGCGUUCAAGCGGUACUUCUAUCUGCUGGAGAAUCUGGCGUACGUGAAAUCGUUCAACAUGUGUUUCGAGCUGGAGGACUGCCAGGAGGUGUUCUGUACGCUGUUUAGUCUAAUGUUUAAAAUUGUCAAUGACGAACACAGUCCAAAGGUAAAAUCGUUCAUGCUGGAUGUGCUGGCACCGCUCAUCACCGAAUCGGAUUCCGUUUCGUACGAUCUGCUCGAUCUGAUCUACAUCAACAUCGUCGAGCCGCUACGCACACAGAAGCGAAACGCGUACGAGCUCGCCAAGGAACUCAUCAUUAAGACAUCGAACUGGCUCGAGGCGUACACGCAAGCUUUCUUUAAUCAGAUUCUAAUACUGGACAAAAACGAAAAGCAGUACCAGAUUGUGCCGAAGAUUUACGACGUAAUCUACGAGCUUAACGUAAUUACACCGAGCAUUCUGUUGUCCGUUUUGCCACAGCUUGAGUGUAAGCUUAAAUCAACACACGAAGCAGAACGGUUGAAAGCCGUCUCGACUCUCGCCCGGAUGUUCUCCGAGCCUGGCUCUACGCUGGCCCGACAGUAUGGACCGCUCUGGAAGCAAUUUCUCGGUCGGUUUUAUGAUAUCGCCGUACCGAUCCGCAUCAAGUGCGUCCAGAGCACGAUGCACUUUCUGAUCAAUCAUCCCAGCCUGCGGAAGGACAUUAUUGACACGCUACGGAUCCGGCAGCACGAUUCCGACGAAACCGUACGCUACGAGGUGGUGAUGGCAAUCGUAGAGACAGCCAAGCGGGACCUGCAGAUCGUGUCGGAAUCGGAGGAUCUGCUAGAAUUCGUCAAAGAACGAACACUGGACAAAAAGUACAAGAUUCGCAAGGAAGCGAUGAAUGGGUUGGCUAUGAUCUACAAGAAGUACCUCAGUGAUUCAAACGUACCGUUGGCAACGAAGAAAGCCGUUAUCUGGAUCAAGGAUAAAAUUCUACACGGCUACUACAUGACGGGUGUAGAGGAUCGGCUGCUGGUAGAACGUUUGCUGAUCACGUGCCUUGUGCCGUAUCAGCUACCGGCCGAGGAGCGUAUGAAGAAACUUUACCAACUGCUCGGUACGAUCGACGAUAAUGCGACGAAAGCGUUUAUAGAGUUGCAGAAAAAUCAGCUCAAAGUGCGGCGUAGCGUCGCCGACUGGAUCAAACUGCACCGCCUGAAGGAUCUCACCCCGAACGUGAUGAAGGAGAUGAAUGUAAAGUGUUCGAACAUUGCCAAACAGCUGCCGGAUCCGGUGAAGGCACAAGAGUUCCUGCUCAAAUUUUCGGCCCAAAUGCGCAAAGACCCGAAACUGAUCGUGGAGAUGGAAACGAUCCUGAAGCGGGACGUAUCGUGCAAGGAGUGUGCCGAUACGAUGGCGAUCGUGCUGAAGAAGCUAGGCCAACCGAUUAUGACCAAUACGUACUACAAUACGGUAAAGAUGCUGCUGGAACGUAUUGCCUCGGUAAUGGUGGACAAGCAGUCGAUCGGUGUGCUGAUCGAGCUGAUACAGGAGUGUAUGAAUGGUGGGAAGGAGGUGAUCGAGGAGGUUAGCCUACCGACGGAUUCGGCCGGUGAACGGGGGCUCAAGCUGCUGACUGUGCUGGCGUACGUGUUUUCGGCACACUUCCAGCACGAUGAAAUUCUUCGCCACAUGAUUGGAUUGCUGUCGUUCGACGAACCGUACGUGGCCCCGUACGUGCUGAAAGCGUUCACGUAUCUUGGCCGGUACAAGGCACUGAUCGAAUCACAUCCGGCCAUCCUAAAGGAACUGGCCCCACUUUGCAAGGAGUUCGCCAUUGCCGGAACACCCAAGCAAGCGAAACAUGCCAUCCGGUGUAUGUUCGUAAAUACUCAAACGAGCAGUAGUAGCAGUAGUAGCAGUGGUGGCGUUGGUGCCGAUCCACUAGCAAUAACUGCAUCCGAUCACUCGAUCGACAUCUUUCCGGACAUUGUCGAGGGUAUGAAGCAGACGUUGCAUCCGCAAAGCGAACACUACCGUACAGCGAUCGUUACUCUAGGUCACAUCGCGUACAAUCUGCCGGAAAAGUUUCACGUGCAGAUCAAGAAUAUUAUCUCGCGCAAGAUCGUGAAAGAGCUGCUGGUGAAGGAAACAUCGGACGGACGUACGAACGUACCGACGAAAGACUGGUGUGACGAGACAGAUCUGCCGGAGGAAACGCGCUGCAAGGUCGAGGGUCUAAAGACGAUGGCACGCUGGUUGCUGGGGUUAAAGAAGGAUGUACUGUCGGCUCAGAAAACGUUCCGCAUGCUAAACGCGUUCAUCAGCAAAAAGGGUGACUUGCUGGAGCAGGGUGGUGCGUUGUCGGCAGCGGAAAAGUCCUGGCUGCGUCUCAGUGCCGGUAAGGCGAUGUUGAAGAUCUGCGAGCAGAAGGGCGUCGGUGAUCAGUUUAUAGCCGAGCAAUUCUACAAUCUUUCGCAAUUGAUGACCGAUCCAGUUCCGGAGGUUCGCGAUACGUUCGUCAAGAAGCUACACAAAGGUCUGAGCAAAGGUAUCCCGCACAAGUGCCUUCCGCUUGAUUUUAUGGGCUAUUAUGCGCUCGGCGGAAGAGAAACGGAUCAAAAUUUGUUCAAUCAAAUCAAAUCUAAUAUAGAAACAGACGUGAAUAGACGUCGUGAGUAUGUUAAAAACUUUACAACAGUUGAACGUGGCAUGAGCCAACUGCCUCAUAUCCUACCAGAUUAUAUGCUCGUGUUUGCUGUGACCGUUCUAACGCAUGAUCCGCAGUUUACUCGCAUAUCGGAUCCUGCUCAGCUAAGACACAUCGAGCGAUGUCUCUGGCUCGUAUUGGAACCGCUGGUCAUGAACAAGGAGUUCUUCUGCUUCAGCUUCUACAAAAAUCUGAUCGAGCGUAUCAAACACCAUAAGGACGCCCUAAACCCGGACGAUGAGGAAACAAACCAUAAACUGUGGGCUAUAUGUGAUGUAGCCAUGGGACUUAUACUCACGCGGUUAACGUUCUACGAUAUGCGUGAGGCACCUGCUGAGGCACGCAUACCCUCGAUGUAUUUCCAGGCACAGCCGGAAGAUUUCCACAACACGCGCUACUACAUUCCGGACGAUAUGUACAACCUAACGGAUAGGAGUGGCCGCACCGCUGGUCCGUCCGGCUCAAAGGCUGGCCCACCCGGAGCCAAAACUAAACCGUCUACGUCCUCCUCCACUUUAGCAUCCUGCCCGCCAUCGUCGUCUUCGACGCUGACCAUAGCAGCUUCCACAAGUUCUGCAACAUCCGUCACGGAACGGAACAAACUGAAGGCAAAAAACAAUCGUCAACUAACGCACGAUGAUGACGAACAAAAUGGGCAGGAUGAGAAUGAAGACACCGGACCACCACCCUCCAAGCGAGCUCACAAAGUGGUCGAAGGUGCAAGCGUGUAAAA